AUGUCGGAGAGAAGAGGCGCUUCUAGCAAGAGCUCUAAAGCGGGGCCAUCCGGGGGUGGCAGUGAUGAGGCCACAAGCAGUAGGAGUAUGAAGAAGAAGAGAGCCAGACCCCGACCUUCUCCUUCUCCUCCUUCUCCCCCUCCUCCUCCUCCUCCAUCCCCAUCUCCUGAUCCCCCAGAGGUGAAUGGCUACUACCCGGACGAGAUUUCAAACGCCCAUGCGCAAGAAUACAUGACCGGUGUUCGGCAGAAGCCCAUAAAAACGCUCCUCUCGACACUCUCGAUCACCAACGCUGAACGCUCGCGCAUUCCCGUCGGGGAUUGCGUGGUGCAUUGGUUCCGUGGCGACCUGCGCUUCGAGGACAAUACUGCUCUCUCACUCGCUUCCCAGGCCGCACGGGAAGCAGCUGGAGGAGGGGUUGGACUGGUGGGGCUGUACGUGCUCUCGCCACGAGACUUGGGGGCGCAUGUGGUGUCGCCGGCAAAGUUGGAUUUUGCACUGCGGAGCUUAAGGAUUCUGAAGGAGGAUUUAGACGGCAGGUUUGGAGUGCCGUUGUGGAUUGAGGUUGUGGAGAGGAGGAGGGAUGUUGGGAGGAGGGUUCUGGAGCUGUGUAGACAGUGGGAGGCUGGGAGGUUGUUUGCCAAUAUGGAAUAUGAGGUCGAUGAGCUUAGGCGGGAUGCGAAAAUUGUUAGGGAUGGGGUAGGAUAUGGAGUUUCGGUGGAGGUCGUGCACGAUUUGUGUGUAGUCCUCCCGGGAGAGUUAGUGACCAAGGUAUUAUUAUUGUUCCCUUUUAAUACUCUCGCUGGUUCGUUUGUUGGUUGAGUGAUUUCCAGUGAUGCUAAUCGAUCUGGUAUAACAAAAGGGCAAAGGAACCCCCUUUGUAGCCCACGCCCCUUGGUUCAAAGCCUGGGUCGACAACAUCCACUCUCGCCCAUCUGGUCUGGAGCUCUGCCCACCACCGGAGCGCAACCCGGAUUCGUUCAGAGAGGCUCACGCUUCCCUCUUCGACUCACCUAUUCCCAGUGCACCCCAAGGAAAAGUGCUCGAAGGGGAGGAGCAGGCAGAAUACCUUGCCAACUUGUACCCUGCAGGCGAACACGCCGCACAGGAGAGGCUCAAGAAGUUCCUGAAGGACCAGGUGGAAGAAUACCACGAGAAUAAGAACGGUCUCGCGGAUAGCGGGACGAGCAUGUUGAGCGUGCAUUUCGCUGCUGGCACGCUGUCUUCUAGGCAGGCAGUGAGCGCUGCACUGAACGCGAAUUCCAUCAAGGCGCUGGACCGGGGGAGUAAAGGGAUUCAGACGUAUGUCGUGGUCACUUUUCCCCUGCUCCCCUCUCUCAUACACACAUAUCCUACCUUUUCUUAUCGGCUGACGGCGCCCACUUCCUAAACCUACCAAUAGUUGGAUAUCAGAGCUUUCCUGGAGAGAAUUUUACAAGCACGUUCUAGUGAACUGGCCAUUCGUCUGGUAUGAUACGCUCCCAUCCAUCCUCGACCUACCAUAAGCCAACCCCCCCCCUCACAGCAUGAAAAAACCCUUCAAACUCCGCUGCUCCACCAUCCCCUGGUGCUCAACCUCGCUCGCAGAAUCCCACUUUGGCGCCUUCUGCACCGGGCACACGGGUUACCCGGUAAUCGACGCCGCCAUCCGCCAACUCCUGAAAACGAAAUACAUGCCCAACCGUGCACGCAUGAUUGUGGCCUCCUUCCUAACCAAGGACUUGCUAAUCGACUGGCGACGGGGCGAGCGCUUCUUCAUGGAGCACCUCAUCGACGGCGACUUUGCCAGCAACAACGGCGGUUGGGGAUGGUGUUCCGGGGUGGGCGCCGACACUCAGUCGUACUUUAUCGUACUCAACCCGGUGAAGCAGAGCUUGCGGUUCGAUCCCCAAGGCGAGUACAUUCGCACUUGGGUGGAGGAGUUGAGGGGAGUCAAGGAGGAAAGGGCUUUGCACGAGCCUUUCAAGUUUCUCGGUGAAGAGGGGGUCAAGAAGGUGGAGUACGUCGCACCCCUGGUCCAGCACGAGGCCUCCAGGAGGAAGUUUUUGCGGCUUUAUAAGAGGGGGCAGGCGGGAGGGAGGGGUGGGAGGCAUUAG